AUGGCAGUGGUACCACUUACAAUUAUAUCUAGUGACCCACUAGCAAAAUUUUUGCCUCCUCUUUCUGCAACUUUAUGCUCUGCUGGCCUAAAGUUCUUAGUUCCAGAGGGAGGAAUGAUUCCACCAGGAGACACAACAAUGGUUCCAUUGAACUGUAAGUUAAGACUGCUGCCCAGCCACUGUGGGCUCCUGAUGUCUCUGAAUCAACAGACAAAGAAGGGAGUUACUGUGCUGGCUGGGGUGAUUGAUCCUGAUUACCAAGGGGAAAUUGGACUACUACUCCACAGUGAAGGUAAGGAAGAGUGUGUCUGGGAUACAGGAGAUCCCUUAGGACAUCUCUUAGUAUUACCGUGCCUAGUGAUUAAGGUCAAUGGAAAAAUACAACGACCCGACCCAGGCAGGACUACCAAUAGCCCAGAUCCUUCAGGAAUGAAGGCUUGGGUCACCCCACCAGGUAAAGAACCAUGA